AUGGUAUGUUUGGUUUUUAAUCUAUUCCAACGAUCAUCAUUUUCGGAAUCUGAUUCUUUUCCAUGUUUCAAGUGUGGCUACGUCACGGUCAGAGAUAUCUUGCACUCUAGUCUUAUCGAAAUCUGGAGGAUUGCCCCCUCUCUCCCUAAUUCACCGGGAUUUCGUUUUUUUCUUGUAACAGUCAGUAAUCUAUCGUUGGUAUCAUCGGUAAUGAAUGCUAUACCGAUACACAGAAAUGUGAGUUGUCAUUUAUCAAUAAACUUGAACCGGAUGGUAUGUAGAGGAGCUCGUCUGUUGCCAUUGAAUUCAAACAGUUUUGAACGAAAAGCAAAAUCUAAAUGCAUAGCUAUUAACCCAGCUGAUAACUAUAAGCUUUACAAUAAACUCGAUUAUUAA